CUUCAUUAUGAUCAAAGUUGAAAACUAACACCACCUAGUAGCCACUAUAUAACCAAAUUCUCUAUCCAUCCAUGUCCAUUUCCCAUUGACAACAUGGUUUUAUCAAAACAUUAUCAUGCUUCAUUUUCAAUCACCUUCCUUCUUUGUCUCCACUUGGUAAAUUCUCAGAUCAUUGAUGUUCCAAUCCUAUCUCCAAUACUAUCUCCAUUAGUCCCUGACGUAUUAAACUUCUUAGAUCAAAGACUAGAGUUAGUUUUCUCAAUCAUCCAAGCCUUCAAAAACACAAUAACCUCAGAUCCAUUAGGAAUAACAUCAACAUGGGCUGGUUCAGAUAUAUGCAGCUACAAAGGCUUCUACUGCGAUAACCCGCCAGAUAAUCUCUCAGCCACCACCGUUGCCUCUGUCGAUUUCAACGGCUUCAACCUCGCCGCACCAUCUCUCGACAACUUCAUCGAUCAACUACCUGACUUAGCUAUCUUCCAUGCAAACUCCAACAAUUUCUCAGGUACCAUUUCACCGAAAAUCGCAUCACUCAAAUAUCUAUACGAACUCGAUCUAAGUAACAACAUGCUCUCCGGAACAUUUCCAACCUCGAUCCUAAACAUGCCAACACUUUCGUUUUUAGACAUUAGGUACAACAUGUUCACAGGAACUGUUCCUCAACAAAUCUUUGUCCAAACAUUGGAUGCAAUUUUUCUCAAUAACAAUAACUUUCUUCUCACACUUCCCAACAAUAUAGGCGAAACAACAGCAUCUUAUAUCACAUUCGCUAACAACAAAUUCUCCGGUCCAAUUCCUCCUAACAUAGGAAAAGCCUCAAACACAUUACUCGAAGUUUUAUUAUUAAACAACCAGUUAACAGGUUGUCUUCCUUACGAAAUAGGACUCCUCCAAAACCUCCAACUUUUUGACGCGGGUAGUAACCUUUUAACAGGCCCGUUACCGUGGUCGUUUGCGUGUUUGAAGAAGGUGGAAGAGUUAAACUUUGCUAAGAACAUGUUGUAUGGCCAGGUUCCAGAAGUGGUUUGCGCGUUGGAAAAUUUGGCGAAUUUAACCUUGUCUUAUAACUAUUUUAACAGAUUGGGGCCAUUGUGCAGAAAGCUUGUAAGAAAUGGUGUGCUUGAUGUGAAGAAUAACUGUAUUUUCGAUCUUCCAGAUCAAAGAUCGAUGGAGGAGUGUGUGAAGUUUUCUUCACUUCCCAGAACUUGUGCGCGUCCUGGAACAUAUAAUGUUAUACCGUGUCGGAGUCCAACACGGGCAAAACCACCUGGAAAUAAGAGGAAUUUGUUGUCAUAUUCUGCUCUUGAGAGAAAGAGAGUAGUACUGAUUUAAAAUACUAGAGUGUAUACCUGAUUUUAUAGGUUUAUAUGUAUAUGUUUCACUUGUUGAUGAUGCUUCAUACAUGUGUAAUUGCUAGCUGCAGAAUAUUUACAAUCCAGUUAAAACUACAGUGGAAAAAUGCAUAUACAAAAACAAAAACAAAGUAAUGCAACUAUUGUAGGAGAUUCAUAUAUAAGAACAAAGUAAUACUACUAUUGUAGUCUGCAACAUUUCUUUGCUUUUUUAAAUAAAA